CUGUGCAAAUCGAAAGUAAAAAAUAAAAAUGGGGACACUCAAGCAGGUAUUAGACCAAUUUAAUCAACCUGGUAUACACUCAGAUGAAAAAUUGACACAAAUAAGAAAUCUUAUAACGCAAAUACUGGACAGAGAAAAGACAGAAGUUCAACGGAAAAUAGAACAGGAAGAUUCACAUGUGAAAAAAGUACAGGAAAGAUUGAAGAGUCUACAAAAUAAUACAAGCAACAGUGGACCGGGUAACUCUGUUCCGACAGAUGGCAGCACCGCAGAUAAACUCUGGAGAGAGUUUGACCUCAGAAGAACCGCAGCAGUGGGCGAGUUACAACCUAAACCCGAAAAAACUGAGCCCCCAGACACCGCCGUUAUCCCUGAAGAAGAGUCCAACUACCUCAGAAACAUCGCUGAUUCGGCAUUCGAAUUUUGUUGCAAAGAACAUGAUCAGCAACAGAAAGAGUUGGUAAGAGCAUUGAGCUAUCAUCCAAAGGCGAACAAUAUAUCCGAAGACCAGACUGAAGCAGCAAGACUGUUUCAGGAGGAAUUGGAAUCUGACGUCACACAGUACUUAGUUCAGAAGUGCACCCAUGAUGUGUUAAAAGACAGAGAAGGAAAGAUCGUGCUUCAAAAUAAUGAGAGAAUACAGCGGUAUCUAAAAGCUUGUGUCGAUGUAUGCUGGUAUGUACAAGUACAUCAUAAGGGGGGCAAGUUCGUCUGGGAUAUCCCAAGAAAGCAGCCAAAAGAGACUUUCAAAUUAAUCACAACUAACUGCAAGGAAAGUGACACAUGUAAACUGCGAGUGAAUAGACCAGCCCUCUGCCUGGAUAAUCGGGUAUUGAAUAAAGGAAAAUAUUCCUGCGUGUCUUGUACUCUCGGUAGUUAUGAUCCAGGAGAAAAGCAGACAACAGCAGAGAGGAGAGGAAGCACGCCCCAAUCAGCUGCUGGCAGCGGUGUGAAUCAGGAGAAAUCUGGGGAAAAUACCAAAGAGGCCAAUACAGAAAGUAAGAGAGAUAGUCCCUAUUAAAAGAAACGAUCUCCUAGGGACGGGAAAUCAACUCCAGAACCGAAGAGCGGUCCAUCUAACAACAAGGACAAAGACAGUAUCGAGAUGAAAAAAGCAAAAACUGUUUAGAUUUCUAACUUUAUUAUUAAAUAGGAUCCACCUUAACCUCUGGUAUCAUACAAGUUUUACUUGGAAACAAUGGUGUUAAAUUGUACAAACAGUUGUUAU